UUGAUUUCAGGUCUAAAAAUGUCAAAACCCCCAUCCACCACUCAAACCUCCCUUCUCAACCCCCAAAUUCUGUUCCUGCUUCCCAAAUCCCAUUCGGCCUUCAAAAUUCCGAACCUACCAUUCCUUCUACAGGCUUGCACUGAGUCUAGCCGCUGAGAUCUGGCUGUACUGUCUUUGAGCCGAAGAACUUAACCCAAAGUUGAGAAGCAGAGGCCACAGUUGGGAGCUGAGCUGGAAGUUAGCCGGCAGAGGGGUUGGGGUAAUUAGGGAGGAACGGGGGUUUUGGGGUGAUUGGUUUGGGCGAGGGGGAAUGGGUUUUGGAGGUUUUAUGGAUCGAAAAUAACCCUUUUAGGCAAGCCUUUGUUACUAAAGUCAGCAAAAGGCAGAAAGAUAUAUGAUCUCUGAAUUUUCAAAACUUAUAGGACUCCUUCUUGUCUCAAAUCAACCACCUCAAAAUACUAAAAAUGCUCCUCAGGCCAUAUCACCUUCAUAUCCGUCAGUGCAAAAUAUUUUAAAUUUCCAAAAAGUUAAGUCAUUG